AUGGUCUUCUUUCUUGACUACAUCCAACAUAAAAGAGACUGCAAGUUCAAGCAGAAUGAGCGUGCAGAGAGACUUCGGGCCUUGACCAACUAUCGCGGCCCCUUUACCCCUCUAGACCGGGAUAUCAUCAAUAAGCCCAUCGAGGAAUUGGUCGAAGAUGUACACAAGGGUGAGCUUAAGCCCAUUGACCUACUUCAUACGUAUGGCAAAGUUGCGCUCAAGGCACAUGAGAAGACGAAUUGUGUAACUGAGGUUAUGAUAUCUGAUGCUGAACGUUGGAUUGCCGACGGGUCCAUCAACAUUAAGGGCCCAUUGGCUGGUAUUCCGAUCAGUUUGAAGGAUACAAUUAAUGUUGGCGGGUUUGAUUCGACUGUCGGUUACAGCAGCUUCGUUGGUAACAAACAGCCGCAAGAUGGCGCCACUGUUAGACUACUAAAAGACGCUGGUGCUGUUCCCUACGUCAAAACCAACCUACCUAUUACACUGCUCAGUUUCGAAUCUACGAAUGACGUCUGGGGACGAUGUACCAAUCCACACAACAGCAAAUACUCUCCUGGAGGAUCAACCGGUGGUGAAGCAGCCCUAUUAGCGUUAGGUGGGCGAAUUGGAAUUGGAAGCGAUGUUGCUGGCAGCGUCCGAGCCCCGGCCCAUUUCUCCGGCAUCUACAGCCUGCGAUGUUCAACUGGACGAUGGCCGAAAGCAGGCUUUGCGACAAGUAUGCCUGGCCAAGAAGGCGUGCCAAGUGUAUACAGCCCUAUGACCAGAACCUUGAACGACCUGACGUAUUUCACCCGUGCUGUAAUUGGUAUGCAACCAUGGAAGUACGACCACUCUGUUCAUCCUAUACCGUGGAGAUCCAACGUGGAAGAAGAGUAUGCAACAAAAAGUAAAUUCCGCGUCGGCGUAAUGAGGACCGACGGUGUGGUUGAUCCCAGUCCCGCAUGUGUACGAGCGCUAGAAAAGGUAGAAGCUGCCUUGAAAGAAGCCGGCCACGAGAUUGUUGAGGUUGACGUACCGUCACCAUACGAAGCACUUAAAAUUGGUGCUCUCCUAUUGAACGCCGACGGUUGCAAGGUAUUUAAGUCUUUUUUCCGCUCCGGCGAAUGGAACGACCCGGGAGCUCAUCAGAUGGAUUGGCUCAUACGGCUUCCGCGCCCGUUCAAAUUUAUCUAUUACCUAUGGGUUAAGUACGUCCGGAGAGAUGAUAUCUGGGCAGGUCUUGUUAAAGAUUGGCAUGAGAAGAGCGCGUAUGAACAGUGGCAAUUAGUUGCUCAGCGUGAGGCUUACAAGGGUAAAUUCUUCGAAUGGUGGAAUAAUGCGGAUAUCGACUUCUUGAUCACACCUCCUAAUGCGACACCAGCCGUACCUCACGACGGUAUGAAGGAAGCUGUAAGCAGUUGUGGCUACACAUUCCUAUUCAAUAUUGUUGAUUAUACUUGCGGCAUCAUUCCAGUGACACAUGUCGAUAAGACCCUCGACAAGCUACCGCCCACCUUCAACAUCAGGAAACUAAAUGGUGUUGCCCAAGGUGCAUAUAAACUUUAUGACGCCGAGGCGAUGCACGGAUUACCAGUGGGUGUUCAGGUUGUUGGACGAAGGUUAGAAGAGGAGAAAGUACUUGCUAUUAUGAAGAGAGUUGAAGAUGCACUCGGCGACGACAAGUACCAGCUACUCGACAUAGAUUAA